GUGAAUUUAACAUCAAUUCACGGUCAGCAUGCAUUCCCCUAUACUUUAGGCUAUAAAAUUCUGAUCUGGGUUGGUUGGUCAUUCUUUCAAACAAAUUUGAUGGACAGCUUUGAAAGUCAUACACCAAAACGAAUUUGCUGGACACACUAGUGACCAGAUCAGAUGGGUGAUAUGGGUGGGCCAGGCAACCAAGAUAAUAUCGCUGAAAAUGAAUGAGAAAAGAUCGAAACAAAUGAGGGAUAAAUGAUAGCACAUCGUCUGUUGUAAAUUUCAACGUUUAGUUCCCAAGUUACAGUUAUUGGAUCGUGAAGAUGGAGGAAUCAAGAGUUCGCACGCGGAAAGGCAAGGAGAAGCCUCUGUCAGUAGAUCGGCGACGCAACAGCAAGCAGCGACCUCUCCGGCGGCGUGACGGAAAGAUAGUUUGGCCCCGUGAUGGCAAGGAACAGUCGUGGAUGGAUCGGCAUCGUAGUGGAAAGAGUAAGCGAGAGAUUACUAGGCAACUGAGAGAUGAGCUUAGGCUAGAAUCCUCAUUCUCUUUCGCCCCACUUUGUGCUGAACCCAACGAUGAAGAUGAGGAGGAGGAGGAGGAGGAGGAGGAGGAGGAGCCUUAUGAGCAUGAGGAGGCACCUCUCCUAUCCGGAAUUCCACUCUCAUCGUCUGAAAUCUCUCUUUAUCCCAAACCCAACAACGACGAGGACCAUAGUGAACCCAGCUACCAUGCCGAUAGACAGGACCAACUUCUCUCUGGGGUCUCUACAACAGAGUCUUACAUCUCCUUGCCUGCCGAAACCAACCAUGACAGUAGGUAUGAGCAGGAGCAGCCCCUUAUUGGGACCUCUCGCUCAUCUUCAGAAAUUUUCCUCAGCACUGGAACCUCAAGCUCAAGCUCAAGCUCUUCGCCGGAAUCUCAAUCUCGCCAUCUCCUUGAGGGGAUCUCAAGCUUACCAUCCCAAGUUUCCAUCAAUAUUGACGAUCACGGUUGUGAUGGGUUACGCUUCUCCGACGUUGACCAGCCAACCCUGAUCGAAAUUGUUAAACAGAAGGACUUAGACCUUUUAAAACAACACUAUGGAGGAGUUGAAGGAGUUGUCCUCGCUCUUGCUAGUGAUGCAGUGAGUGGGAUCCAUGGCUGUGCUGCCGAUGUUGAGAGCCGCCGCGUCGUGUUUGGUUCGAAUAAGCAACCACCCCCAAGCCCAAAGGGCUUAUUUCAUUUCUUCUUGGAAACUUUCACGGACAGUAGUAACGCCAUCAGCUUGGCCUCAGCUUGUCUUUCUCUUGGGUUUGGAAUCAAAGCACACGGGCUGAAGGAGGGAUGGUACGAUGGUGGGAGUGUUCUAUUUGCUGUCUUUCUAGUUGUCGCCUUGUCUAUGGCGAGCAACUUCAGGCUCUCAAGACAACUAGAGAGGUCGUCGACCCUCAGCAACAUCAGGGUUGAGGUCGUGAGAGACGGAUGCCGGAGAAGCGUUCCUUUCGUCGACAUGGUAGUCGGAGAUGUGGUCAGUCUGAAGUUCGGUGAUCAAAUUCUGGCAGAUGGCUUGUUUCUGGAUGGCUGUUCGUUACAGGUGAACGAGUCUAGCAUAACUGGGAAGAGUCAUGACCAUGUGCAAGUAAAUUGCAGCAAGAACCCGUUCCUGCUAUCCGGUACCACAGUCGUGGAAGGAUCUGGUCGCAUGCUCGUCAUCUCUGUUGGAACCAACACAGGCUGUGGCCAGAUGAUGAUGAACUCAGUCUCAAUGAGCCAUUACAGGAAUGAACGUAGCCAUCAGACCCCACUACAAGAACGGGUGAAUAAGUUGACUUCCUCUUUAUCCAAGUUCUUUCUGGCGAUCCCCUUCCUUUCUCUUGUGGGGAUUCUGAUGCUUGACUUGGUGAGGAACACAGAAGAUGAUGGAUGCAACUCUAAGACCAACAAUCUGAUUAAUGAAUUGUCAAGCAUUAGGGGAUUUGUAUCUGUAAAUGCAACAGUUGCAAUCGUGGUGGUGGCAAUUCCAGAAGGCUUACCCUUGCUUAUCAAGAAUACUCUUGCUCACUCCAUGGACAGGAUGAGGGGAAAUAAGGAUCACAGGAAAAAGAUCAUGGUUCAGAAACUUUCAGCCAUUGAGGAUAUGGGUUCAGUCACCACCAUCUGCACAAAUGCAAUCGGCACAUUGACUUCGAAUACAAUGACAGUAGCAGAGUUUUGGCUUGGUGGAGAAGCAAUGGAUGACUCCUCUUUGCAUUUUGAUAAAGUAGCACCCAAUGUAAUCGAAUUGCUGAGGCAAGGAAUUGGGCUCAAUGUUGUUGCAGAAGUUCUCAGAGUCAGAGCUACUUCAAGAACAUGCCAGUAUUUGUAUGGUAGCCCAGCUAACAAAGCCAUUCUCUCCUGGGCUAUGUUCAAAUUGGGUAUGAGUGAAGAAUACCUAAUUAGGCAGAAGAUCUAUGAUAAGAAAACAUUCGGCAUUCACUGGAAUGAGGAUGCCAAGGAAAUAAUCAAAAGCUUAUCAAGUUAUUAUGAGAAAAAUGGCACCAUUCAACCCAUGGAUGAAGGCAAAAGGAUGGAGUUGGAGCAAAUAAUUGAAGCUAUGGCAAGUAAUGGACUCCAGCGCGUUGCUUUCAUCCACAAACAAAUCCCAGAUCUAGAAGACCAAGAUGAAAUGGUUGGUCACAAGCUACAAGCUGAGGGCCCGRCCCUGUUAGGCCUGGUGGGUCUGAAGUACAACUGUCCACAUGAAGUGACAAAGGCAGUAAAGGCUUGUAGAGAUGCUGGAGUGGGUGUCAAAUUGAUCACUAGGGAAGAUGUUUUCACUGCAAAAGUUAUAGCCAGAGACUGUGGAAUACUUGAACCUGAUGAGAAGUUGAAUGAUGAAACAGUGGUGGAAGGGGUGGAAUUUCGAAAGUACUCACCAGAAGAAAUGAUGGAUAAGGUUGAUAGAAUAAGGGUAAUGGCAAGGUCCUCCCCAUCUGACAAACUUCUGAUGGUGCGAUGCUUGAAGCAAAAAGGUCAUGUAGUUGCAGUCACAGGAGAUGACAAAAAUGAUGCGCCAGCAUUAGCAGAAGCUGACAUUGGACUAACCAUGGGGAUUGAAGGCAUUCAAAUGGAAAACGAGAGCUCAAAUAUCAUCAUCUUGAACGGUGAUUUCGCUUCUAUAAAGGAAGGUCUGAGGUGGGGCAGGUGUAUUUUCAACAACAUUCAGAAGUUCCUUCAGUUCCAGCUCACUGUGAAUGUUGUGGCACUGGCGAUCAACUUUGUCACAGCGAUCUCUUGCGGUGAAGUUCCCUUAACAGCAGUCCAGCUGCUAUGGGUGAAUCUGAUUAUGGAUAUAUUUGGGGCAUUGGCUCUAGCCACAGAUCAACCCACCAACGAUCUCAUGAAGAAGUCACCAUUUGGUCGAACCAAACCGCUUAUCUCCAACAUCAUGAAGAGAAAUCUUAUCGCCCAGGUUCUGUUUCAGGUGACCAUCUUAUUGACUCUGCACUUGAAGGGAAGAUAUAUAUUUGGGGUGAGCGAGAAGAUCAAGGAGACCCUGGUGUUCAAUACUUUCGUUCUCUGUCAAAUCUUUAAUCUCUUCAAUGCAAGGAAUUUGGAGAAUAGGAACAUAUUUAAGGGGAUAGAGAAGAAUGAGUGGUUUUUGGUGGUUGUUGGGAUCACUCUUGUUCUUCAAGUGGUGAUGGUGGAGACUGUAAAUAAAUUUGCCAACACAGAGAGGUUGAAUUGGGGGCAAUGGAGUGCAUGUAUUGGAAUUGCAAUCUUAUCUUGGCCCAUUGGUUGGAUUGUUAAGUGCUUACCAGUUUCUGCUGAAGUUGUCAACGGAAAUCUCGGUAGAGUCGAUUGGAUUCACUCUGUUCCACUUGUAAAUCAUUCUCGGAGACAUCUCAAAAGAAAAUAACUAUAUAUAGAAUAUAGUUGUCUAUAUUUUGUGCUUUUUCUUUUUUAAUGAUCUAGGGUAAGAGUUUCUGUGGGCGCCUACAAAGAAUUGAGUAUAAGCUCGGAUUUCUAACAUUUUCUUAUUGCAAUCUAGUAAUUCAUACCUUUAAUAUUUGUUUCAUUUUAUCUUUAAUCAUUUGACAUAUUCUUCAA